CAUCAAUCAUAAUUUCAAUUAUUACAAAAGUGUAGGACCAACUGAUAAAAUAAUUGGAAGUGGAUAUGAUUUAAAAGAGAUCUGUAUAAAAAACAAAGCUAGAUUAAAAACGAGUAAUAUUUUCAAAGGAAAACUAUGGUCAAUGUGCGAAGUAAAUAUUAAAUUAGGCUGGAAUGAAAAACUUAAUGAUAAUCAACGCGAAUCUAUUAAAUCUUUGAUCAAAUUAGGAAGUCAAAUUAAACGAUUUAUGCACAACAUAAAUAAACCUAAUAUACGCGAGUUAACAGAAAUAAUAAAUGAUUUGUAUGAAAAUAAUGUCGAGAAAGAUGAUAAUAUAAUGAAUGCACUAAGAGACAUUUGUAAGGAAACUGUUAGGAAACACGAAACAUUUAGUAUCAACGAUGACAGUCCAGAGUUUAACAGAUUUAAAUUAUUAAUUUUAAGAAAUAAUGGCGGAUUUGUUACCAUAAAAAAUAAAGCUAUUCCUUUAUUCACUAGUCAGAUUUCAACUGAGCAAUUAGCCUGCUUAGAAAACACUGAAGAGAAAGAUUAUCGACAUUUUAAAAAGGACACUGAAAUGGACGCAAUCGAUUUGCAAAGAUAUAUAGGAAUGAAAUUCGUGGAUAAAUUAAAUAAAAACCUCAUGGAUAAUUUAAGCCUGUUUCUUAUGAAGAAAACAUUUAAGGAUGUAGUGAGAGACUUUGGAGAUGUUGGCAUUGGAAGUUUUUUAUUUAAUCAAGCGGAUAUGUCUCUCGUUGCAAAUUCAAAUAUCACAAAACAAAAACUUUUAAAGGAAUCUUUAGUCCAAGAACAAGAAAUACAAAUACACGUUCUGAGAGCAUUCAAUUUAACAGAUCGGAGCGCCUCUUUAUUGACAGAAGAAAUAAACGACGAAGAUAAUAUAGCUGGAUUCAAAGUAAGGCCUUUGAGGCCGUUUGUAAGCUUAAGUUAUCGUGGCGUGUCUGCUCAAACGUCGACAGCUAUUGGUUGCCAUCCAACCUGGAACUACACUGUUAAACUUAAAGCUAAAUUUGAACCACUAUCGUCUAUUCAUAUAAACAUAUAUGAUGAAUGCAAAGAUAAUGUCACUGAAAUGUAUUCCGAAGAUCAAUCCACACAAAGUACAGUUCACUAUAGAAAAACUAACAAAUGGCUAGGAGCGAUAAGCGUCCCAUUGCAUACUGUCCUAAAUUUAGGCAGUAUAUGUGGAACGUUUAAAAUAAACACGCCACCUAUGGCAUUUGGUUACGAAAGUAUGCCAUCAAAAGAUGACCAACCUCUUGUUCCGGAAGUAAUGCAGCUUAUGAGACAAGAUACGUCACUUUUAGCUAUUCAAAUUACGACAACUCUUUCUCAUUUGGGGGGGUGCCAAACGUUUUGUGAGCCAGUACCAUCUCAUCCUCAAGACGACUUUAUUAUACAACACUUGAAUAAAUUCGUCACUGAUUAUGUUAAUGAUUAUCCGACGAGAAAUAUUUCGUUAACAUUCAUAGAUAGUGGUGGUAGAAAUAAGUGUGUUGCAGAGUUUCUUCAAUCUGUACCCAUACCUGUUUACGAACCACCUUCAGACCCCAAAAAGGCUGAAUCUGCAUUAUCAAAAAGUUCAGGUCAUUCGAAGAGUUCCUCUUCAAAAAGCAGUGGCUUCGAAGCUUGGAGGAAUGAAGGAAACGAACUAGCGAAGAGUAUAGAUGCAGUAGUGAGAUAUGUCUCGCUAAUACCAACGUAUGAUGUCUCGGAAUCUCAUGUUGUCACGUUAAUGGGAGUGGAAUUGUUAAAAGUUCUGUACGGUUCUCCAUUGGACCACACCAUUCUAUUAGCGAGUUACUUUAUUAAUUUGGGAAUUAAAUGUUGGGUCGUCAUUGGUUUUGGUUUACCUCGCGGCCAAAGCAGUUAUGUUUUGGUCAAGUACUUGAAAAAUAAAGUACUCACAGUUAACGACCAGAUAAAAACUGGUGGAAUAUUUAAAAAAACUGACGGAUAUAUUUGGUAUAUAUAUGAUGCGGUAUCAGGGGAAAGGUUUGAAUUGAGAGAAAUUGGAUGUCCCCUGAAAAUUGUCAGUUACGUUUUUGAUUGUGAAAAUAUUUGGGUUAAUACGCAAGUAUCACAAGCCUGUGAGAGAAUGUCGUUUGAUUUUUCCAUUUCAUCAGAUUGGCAAAAUGUAUUUGACAAACCUCUAUUUGUAGCAAGACCUAUAACAAUUGACAGUUUGUACAGCAAACCGGGCGAUGUGGAAAAUCUACGAUUAAAUUUAGAAACAAAGAUUAAGAGUAAAAUACAGAAGUGGCGGUCACACAUUAAAACUAUAUGGAACAGAUAUUGCAGUAGUCUGUUAAAAGAAAUGCUUCCUCAUUACGAGUACUGGGCUUUUAAUCCAUUGGAAGCGCGACCUACCCUUGGAAAUAGACUGAAACAGCUAACAGCUACUUACAAAAUCUUCGGUUUCCCGCUCAACAUGCCGUAUAUAAACAUGAAGCUUAUUAUCUCCAGCGUUAAAUCUACAUCAAUACACGUAAACGAUGAUCCUAAUGUUGAGUUUGGCCUCGGCGUCGAAGUAUACGCGUACCCUAAUAACGUUUUAAGCGUAUGGGUAUUUUUAGCUUGUAUCACAAGAAUAUAAAGAAAGUAAUUAUAAAUAUUGUA